UGUUUGUUAGCGAAUUUUCGAUCGAUUUUUAGCGUGGAUAAUGUAGAAAUUGAUAGAAAGUAUUAAAUUACGCAUAUAAUGUAGAGAUGGCGCCACAUGAAGUAUAAUACGUAUAAAACUAAAUGAUGUAUUAUACUUGUAUAAUACCAUGUAUAAUACUAUGUAAGAAACCUCGUGUAUAAUACGUGCCCAACCCUGGAUGGGAUAUUAGAACAGGAACAGUAUCGCAAUUUCCGUUUUCAGUUUUUCCUUAAGAAUAAGCAAUUACCUACCAAAAUGUGUGAAGUUAUUGUUUUGUUUAAUGGUUAUUCCAAAAAUUUGGGUGAUGGAAAAAUGGAUGCAAAUUGCACUUGCACUCUAAUAAUAGGGCCCAAACUGAUUAUCGUCGACACUAUGACUGCCUGGGACCGUGAGAGGCUAAUAGAAGCACUCGCACAGUAUAAUAUUGAGCCAAAGGACAUUGAUUACGUUGUUUGUACUCACAGUCAUUCCGAUCACAUAGGGAACAAUAAUCUGUUCACAAAGGCACAACACAUCAUAGGUUUGACUGUUCAGUGUCGUACUAUAUUUUACGAAAAUCUGAUUUCGAACCAGGAUUAUAAGCCCUGUCCAGGUGUUAAUGUUAUAGCUACGCCAGGACAUACAAAGGAAGAUGUCACCGUCUUAGUAAAUACGAAAAUGGAUGGGGAAGCAAAGCUUAUAGCUAUUACGGGAGACUUGUUUGAAAAAGAGGAAGAUAUUUUAGAUCCACAUAUUUGGAAAUCGCUUGGCACACCAAAAUUGUUAAAAAUUCAAUCCGUUAUGCGUUCUCGUAUAAUAGAUCUCGCAGAUUUUGUAAUACCUGGACAUGGGCCAAUGUUCUGUGUUACUGACACUAUGAGAAAAGCCGUGAAAAGUCAAGUAAUUCAAUAAGAUAGUAUUGUUAUGUCAUUAAUGAACAUUAUACAGUUUUAUAAGAUACAAUA